AUGGAGUCCCUUGUGCCUAAGGAUUCACCUCUGGACGAUUACCUUCAAGGAAUCGGUGGCAGCGUGGAGACAUGGCCCGCCGACGACAUGCCUAGCGACGGUGACGAUGAGGUUCGCGCCUCUGAUUUCGCGCCUCGGGGAGCUUCUCGCUUCCAGAAACGCGUUCGCAACAAGCUUCCGAAGCCUCUUGACCUGCGCAACUCGGCUCACGGAGCUCUCAUCGAGAAGCUCUAUUCCGCCUGCUCGACCGCCCUCAACGCGCGCAUCGCUCGGGGAGACAACGAGCGGUUCCUGGAACAAUUUGGCUACGUCAUUGUCGCAUCCCAGCUCUUGAAUGAGCAUAGCGCGCCCUCAUAUACCUCCGCCGCGGACGUGAUCACGACCUCCCAACCUGCAGAACUUCCAUCGCUCUCCACCACCUUCGGUGUGCAAGGUGCCGUAGUUACCGCCUCGACAUCAUUCUCAAUUGUCUGGCUUAUACACUGGGGGCGAUCGAAAUCUGGAUCUGGGCUGAAUGUGCGAAGAUUCGGAAUUCUCUUGAUAUUGGUCCCCGUCCUCGGAGUCUUUUUCUAUGCAUUUGCCAAACGACAAUGGUUGAAAUACUUGCGACAUCAGGCUGUCGAAGCGGCUGGGGCUUUCGUGGGGAAUGCGCAAGGUUUUGAUUCGGCUGCAUCGGCCUCAGUAGUCUUCAUUCAGGAGGUGGAACUUGUCUCCAGAGGCUAUCGGCUCACACCUCUUCCCCCGAUCAGUCGACUCGAAGAUCAAGUUCAAGUUCGACGAUGCAUGAGACUUCGCAAGGCGGUUUCUGAAUGCUUCUCGUCCAUGCUCAGUCGCUAUAUCCAAUCACAGAACGUACUGCGACCGUUGACCAACGAGACAAACCUCGCAAAAUACUAUGACAUCUACGAUCUCGCACUUGAAGACCUGGCCGUUAUAGAGUCGACUAUCUCACAAGAGUCCUUGGAUGAUCCGUGCUCUCUACGGUCUUUACGGGACUCGUUCGGCAAGUUGUACACCGUGAGGAAAAGUGUUCUCUGCUGUUUACUGGCGUUGAGCGCCGAUGGCGGGGGAUCUGAUAUUGCUCGGUGGAGUUCCGCUGUGGAAGAGAUGCGCGAGCUCGCGACAGUCACCGGUUCAAGUAUGACGAAGAUGACCAAUAUCUUGAACGAAGAAGAUCGCGAUCUCAUUCCUCCCUCUCCACUGCCAUCGGCAUCUCCAAGUAAGGAGCAUAUGCGUGCGCAAUUUCGACGACUGAACUCACUAUCGCAAGGCGUGCGGGCCUUGCAUGCAAAAAUGCACAUCAUCAGCGAGGAGUCUAGUGCCAGCAUUGAUAAAUCUGAUGGGGGUGAUUUUGAGGCAAGCCUCCUAAUGCAGUACGAUUCGAUCGGCAGCGACAUCAGGGCUUUACUCCAAGAAUGGGAACUUGGAAAAGCUGCCUUUGUCAACAAUCCCGACCGGCCCAGUAUUGCGGAUUUGUCAAGGCCGCCGAGUAUGGCUUUCCCACUUUCGCCUACGCCCAGUCUCGGCGGCACCACAGCCGUGGAAGGAAGUCCCACCGACGCGCUCAAGGCACUCAAUGGUGAACGGCCCGACUUGACACACAGCUUUGAUGACGAAGAGAUCUUCGAGGCCGUGGUGUUGCCUGCGUCUAGGAACAAGAGGGCCUCGUUGACCCGGGACGAGCGGCUGGCUCGUGUCCGAGAAGCUCGUGCACACAAAGCCGUUGUCCAAGAAAAAGCCAACGCGAAGACUAACAUGCUUAAGGAGCUGGAGAUGGUCAUACAACAAAGACCUCGGAACGGCGCUUCUAAGCGAGUCACAAGUAUCUAG